UCGUUACUGGCUGCCUUUGGCUUCAUAACCAUGACUCGGACCUCCAGCUCCAAGCCAUUUCCGUCGACAAGGAGAAAGGAGAGAGACAUAGGUGACGGUGGAGGCAAGAGAUUUUCCGUUUUCGACUUCAGCGAAGAGGACGCUCGUGUUGAGAAAGUCUCUCGAAGGUUACUCGGCAAGUUUUCUGCCCGCAGGAGCUCUCCCGUUACCAAGCAUCAGUUUCUCCACUGCUUUGGAAAAGGUGCGAAAAGUGUAAGCAGGAAUCUUAGCGAUGAGCUCAUUGAUAUCGAUGCUGAAGUUGGAAAAAGUGCCAACAUUGAUAGUUUCUCUGAAGAUGUUAGCGACGAACUGAUUCACAUUGAUUCUGAAGGUCAUCAAAUUAGCCCGGGACCAACUGAUCUUAAUGCUGAAGAUACAUGUGCAGAUACCCCACUUGAAGGUGGUGGAUCUAUGAAGCAGGAGAUUCUUGAAACCAAUGAUAUAUUGCUUUCUCGUUCUUCAACUAAUGAGGAUGAUGUCACGGUUAUUUUCCCUGAUUUUGUCAUCUAUGAAGGUAACUGGUGUACAACAUCGAAGUUAAUAUUUUCUUGUAGCUGCAUUAAGUUCCGAGGUUCAGCACUGAGUGGGUUGCAAAGAACAUUUGAUUCCGAAUGGGCUAUCUCCGACAUUAUUGGCAUUGAGUCAGAAUGGUGCAGUAGGGUUGAAACUGCAAUUGUUAAUCUUUGUCUCAAAGGAAAGCAUUUCACGAGGGCUGAAAAUUCAAAGGACAUUUCAGGCAUAGAGUUAUUGAAAUUUUCUGUUUGUGACCCUCUUUGGUCUGAAAGUGAAAAAGCAAUCAGAACAUUGAAUCUUAGAUAUAAUGACUUGUGGAAUGCAGAUCAUGAUGACAAUGACAAGGUCAAUGGGGAGGAAAUUGUUUCCUGGAGGCACAGCGAUGUGUUUUCUCCCAAGAAUUGCUUUUCUGAAUUUGUCGAUACUUUUGAAGAGGUCAUCUAUCCAAUGGGGGAUCCUGAUGCUGUGACCAUUAGUAAGAGAGACCUUGAGCUUCUGAAGCCAGGGAUGUUUAUUAACGAUACUAUCAUUGACUUUUAUGUUAAGUAUCUAAAAAAUAAAUUCCUUUCGGAGAAAAACAAUAGGUUCUACUUCUUCAAUAGUUUUUUCUUCCGAAAGCUUGUGGACCUAGACAAAGAUUUAUCAAGUGCUCGUGGAGGAAGGGAUGCAUUUCAGCGUGUUCACAAAUGGACAAAGAAAGUAAAUCUUUUUCAAAAGGAUUAUCUCUUCAUUCCUGUUAACUACAGUCUCCAUUGGAGUUUGGUUGUCAUCUGCCAUCCUGGUGAAGUGGUAAAUUUGAAAGAUAAAAAACAUGAUAACUUAUCCAAGGUACCGUGCAUCUUGCAUAUGGAUUCUAUCAAAGGGAGCCACAGAGGGCUGAAGUCUCUUUUUCAAAGUUACUUAUGUGAAGAGUGGAAAGAGAGGUAUGGUGAUGGAGAUUACAAAGAUAUUUCUGCAGUGUUCUUAACCUUGCCAUUUAUCCCUCUAGAGUUGCCACAACAAGAAAAUUCAUUUGAUUGUGGUCUCUUCUUACUCCAUUAUGUGGAACUUUUUCUGGAGGGUGCGCCAGUGAACUUCAGCUCUCUCAAAAUCUUGAAGUUCUCGAAUUUUCUAAGCCAGGACUGGUUCCAUCCUGCGGAGGCUUCUCUAAAACGUGCACAUAUCCUAAAGUUAAUUUAUGAAAUCAUGGCCUGUAAUCAAGCAAAGGAACUCUCUGGUAGCAUUGGUAAAUAUCCUUCUUCUGAUGCUAAUGACUCGGACAAUGAUUUAUCAAAACACGUGUCUGGACAGGCACAUAUUUUCACAAUGACCCAUUCUGACAACUUUUCGAGUGUUGGAAAAGAAGUUGGAUCAGUGUCCAAAGUAUCAUCUGACACAAAUUAUCAACCAAUAGGAAGAUGGGAGAGUGUCAUGCCACCCAUUGAGGAAGAUGAGAAUGGUGAAAGAGCUGAUUCACCACAAUGCUUAGAAGAUCGCCCCCAAGCUUCGACGGUUUCUGAAUGUUCAUCGGCCUUCAGUUUCGGCCAACAAUUUACGGAAUUAGAAAUAUGUUGGGAAGGAAGAUAUUCUAAAAACGUAAAAGAAAUGUGUAGAAAACCUUCUCCACGGCUAUCACUUCAUGAGUUGCAAACGCCAUUGGAAUUGGGACAACCAGAGAUCUUAACCAGCUCAAGUGAUGAACUUAUCAAUUGUGUAGUAGAAGACUCAGAGGAGGAAGGAAAUGAAAGGAAUGAGAGAAUCGAGAUCCAAGUUUCUUCCUCCUCCUCCUCCUCCUCAAGGAACAACUUGUUCCUAUCAAGGCAAGUGGUUGAAUCUCCUGCAAAAUUUAGUAGACAACAUCAACAUAAAUAAUCACAUAACUAAGAAAUGAACAUCCAUCCAACACACAUGAUUAGGGUUUGUAGGCGAAAUUAAUCAAAACUCAUUAGAAGCCAUAUUUUGAAAUGACUUAAGAUAGGUGGUUGUGUAUAAUAUUAAAUCUCCUUUUUCACAGCCUUUGUAAAGGUAUUGUCUGUUUGUGAAUAUGUAUGUAUAUAUGUGUGUGUGUGUGUGUAUAGGAACCUUAGCAUACUUUCCACCACCCCCCAUCUUUUCAUGACUCCAUCCACUCAUCCUAUCCUUUACAUUAUGAUCAUAAUAAUAAAGUGAAAAUAUCACUUCGAUCAAAUUUUACUUCAA